GUUUCGAUCUCUGGUCUCUUUCUCUUCUGCUCAAUUUGAAGGGCUAACAGAGAAACCCUUCUCCUUCCACCCUUCCAUAUAUCCCAAUCCUCCUCUCCAACCACUCACUCUCCCAAUAGAAUCAAAUCAAAUCCGGAAAACACUAUACUAUAAAACUCCACAUUUAUUUCUGGAUCUCUCUCUCCUACUUCUGCGGCCGCUUCUCUAGAGGAUAUCCGAGACACCAAUCCUAAGAAUCUAUUUUCUUGAUUCAUCUGUCCAUGGCGGAUUCGGAAAAUGCCCUUCCAUCUUCUAAGAAACGUGCUGCAGGAAGGGAACUGUCUCGUGAUAAUCCAGGUCUUGAUGAUGAGGAGGAUGAUUCUGACCUAGAGGCUGGAACUUUCAAGAGGGCCAGUGAAGAAGUGCUAGCAACAAGAAAGAUUGUUAAGGUUCGUCGCCCUCCGGCAACUUCAGCUCCUACUUCCAACCCUUUUGCUGGGAUGCGCUUGGUUCCUCAAUCUGAAGCUAGUGCAGACCCUUCUCAAGUCGCCGCUGAUGCACAACCUGCUAGUGAUGCAAGAAUUCUAGAUGGAGCUAAUCAGGAGUUUGACAAAUCUGCUGGAGAUAAGGAGAGUGAUGUGAAGGAGGAAGACAAAGUUCCCAGUGAGGCAACAGAGCCUGGUGUAGCACAUGAUCAUACUGAAGCUGAAUCUGCUGCAGAUAAGGAGAACAUUGUGAAGGAAAACAACAAUAUAUCUGGGGAACCAGCUGUUGGAGAAGAUAAGGCUAAAAAUGACUGUGAGGCUGUAAACGAGGUAAAGACUGUAAUUGAUGGUGAGACUGGAAAUGGUGAGAAGGCUGAAAAUGAAGAGAAGAGAGAGAAGAAAGAUGAAACUGUGGAACCAAGUGCUGAAGGUGCCACUUUGAACUCAUUUCAGCAGCUUUCGAGUAGUCAAAAUGCCUUCACAAAUCUUUCUGGAACUGGGUUUUCCACUUCCACCUUUUCUUUUGGGCUUAUUUCGAAGGAUGGGUCUGCAUUGAGUACUGGCUCUGGUUCACUUUUCGGGUCAAAAAGUGAUUUCUCUUCUGGUCUCGGUCUAUCUAAUAAUGGAAGUUCAUCACUCUUUGCCACAACAGGGCCUUCAAUUGUCCCCAGGGGUGACAUCCCUUCAAUGCAAGAGGUUGCAGUUGAGACUGGAGAAGAAAAUGAGAAAGCGGUUUUCACUGCUGAUGCGGUGCUGUUUGAAUUUAUCGACGGAGGCUGGAAAGAGCGUGGAAAGGGGGAUCUGAAGGUAAAUGUAUCUGAUUCUGGGGCUGACAAAGCCAGACUAGUUAUGAGAGCCAAAGGAAUUAGGAAGGUAAUUUUGAAUGCAAGUCUUUACCCAGACAUGAAGCUGGCAAAUAUGGAGAAGAAAGGUGUUACGUUUGCCUGCAUGAAUAGUAUUGAUGAAAAGAAGGAUGGGUUAUCCACAUUUGCGUUGAAGUUCAAGGAUGGGUCCAUAGUUGAGGAAUUUCGUUCUGCUGUUACAGAGCACAAAGGCAAGACAGCUACCGUUAUGAAGACUCCUGAAAACUCCCCCAAGUGAUUGAGAGGCGGCAAAUGUCAAUGCUCAGUGAGUUAUAUAUCCUCGUCUCGAGUUUGAGUUUAAAGUCGUUUUCCCUUUUGCGGAGAAAACAGAGUUCAAUUUAUUUAGAGUCUGGCAAUUCUAAGCCCUUUUGUAGCAGAGCUAAUGAGCUAGUCAUGUUCAUUUUGUUGUAGUUUACUUUCGGUCUAGUCUUUGAAAGAUGGUGUCAACUUCAUUCCCGGAUAUAUCUAGGUACAGACUAUUUUAAGCUCUUGGGAUGCUGAAUGCUUGAUAAAGUUCCAUAAUUCGUCCCUUAUCUGCAAUAUAUAUUGAACUGCUGUGUCAGAUAUUGAAAGUUUCGUGUUUGAACUGCUCAUCAAUAUUAGCUGCAUUGCAUUUCAAGAAUUUGCGAAUUUGGAUUCAGUUUCUUGUUGGGGCACUUCAAUAAAAUGAAAUGAGAAUCUAUAAUUUGAAUUUUU